UCCUUUAUAGGGGUUAACGAUUUCGCCAAAUUUCAAUGAAUUUUGAGGGAUUUUUAUCAAAAUCGCUUAUAGGGGUUAACAAUUUUUAGGAAAUUUUAAGAAUUAUGGAAGAUAUUCAGUGAGAAUUUUGUGAAAGAAUUUAUGAAGAAAGGCAAGAAGGAGGGUAUUGAUAUAAAUGACAUUGUCUGAGAUUGCAAAUGGAAGGAGAAUGGGUGUACUCAGUUAAGCCAUCAGAGGUGGAGUAUUUAGCUAAAGAUUUCAUUAUCAAAAUACAUCCGCUAGAGUUAUACCAAGAGAUGAUUAAUGAUAAGCCUCUUCAAUCGUGAAAUCUGAACUGCAAUACUUUUGAAAUGCAUCAGGAAAGAAGUGAUAUCAUUGAAGAAAUAAAAAGGCUAGGAAAAGUAUUCAUGCUUAAAGCAAUAUCAGUCAGUGCUGCCAUAAAAUAUUUGGACAUCAUUCUAUAUAAAAUAACUAUGAUAAAGCAAGGAGUGGUGUGCAUCAGCAAAUCCAAAGUAUUAGAAUUAUCAAAUUCUCGAGUUGCAAUCUUUAAGAAAUCUGAUGCUUUAUUCAUGAAAACUGACAGUGAACCUCGCUUAAGAAGCUUGAUCAACACCAGCCUUGAGUUGAUAGCAUUAACUUGUCUUCUGAUAGCCACUAAAGUGCAUGAGAUAGAUUGAACUUGCUUAAGAAUUUACGAGCUUGAGAAAGAAAGCAAGUACAUGUAUACCUAUAAGAACAUCACUAAAUGAGAGGGGAGGAUUCUUGAAGAAAUUAACUGGAAUACCUACAUCCAGACUCCUCUCGAUUAUACGAAUCUAUAUCUCACAGCUGGGGUUCUAUUCACUAAUGAUAAGUACCUGAGUGGUGGAGAAGAAUUUUAUUUCUCUAAAACCAACAAUGAUGCUGACCAGGAAAGAAAGAUUUCUGAGAUUUAUGAAUCAAUCAUAAAGCUCUGUUACAAUGACUUCUACAACCAUGACUAUGAGCUUUUACAAUAUGAAGAUAGGCUUGUAGGAAUUGCUACUAUUUGAGCUGCCAGGAAGGUUAGCAAAGUAGUCCCGAUUAUCUCAGAAAAUUUCUGAAGCAUGUAUGGCUUCACAAUGGAAGAAAUCGAGGAAUGCCUUGAAACCCUCAAUUCUUGAGUUGUAAAGAUCCCAUUGCUCAAGAAAAACAGCAGUUUCGAAGAUCUCACAGAACAAAAGCGCGACACUCGUCAUAAAGAAGUUGAGAUAGUUGUACAAGAACUUCCUGACGAAAUGUCGUACAGGUACUCUAAAUUAUACCCCAAGGAAAUCAGAAAAAGCCAGGUAAAGAGCCCGAUUACAAUUGAUGAUGAAGAAAAAGAUUGCUUCCAGGAUUAUGUAGAAGGAGGUCAUAAACCUAAAAAUUUUGCAGAGAUUAUUUGACAAGAUACUGCUGAUGAAGUCGAAGAAAUGCCAUUCAGUAAGCCUUUACUAAAGGAACGCUCAAGCUCAGUUUCAUGCCGGCCUUCAGAGGUGAAUAAAAUUCAACUGAAUAAUGUUGAAAUCUCUGGGCAGAAUGAAAAUACAGAGACUACAAAGAACCAUAAUAAAACUUUUAAACCAAAGGUAUCAAAGAAGUUAAAGCAGAGAGUAAGUCCUAGACAGAAAAAGCCUGAGAAGAGCAAAAUUACAAAGAAGAAUAACAAUUCUAAGGUAGAAAGUCAGCCGGCUUUGAAGUAUAAAAUGCGUUUAAAAAAUGCUAAAAACUCAUCAAAAGUUGAGGAAAUAAAGUCUCUGAACAAUAUCAAGAAGACAAAUAGCGCUCUAGAGGGCAUGAAAAGACUUGCUAAAAGCGAGAAAUAUCCUAUUCAUCUGAAGCCAGGAGGAAAUACCAAAUCUAGAACAGUAACUCAAAAUGCAGUUAGGAGUGUGUCCCAUAGAAAACAGCCAAGUGCAAUGAAGCUGAAGGAUAUGUUGAAAGCAUCUAAAAACAGAUCAAAUAAAGUGAAAUCUUAUAAAAAUCCGAAAGAUUACCAAAAGUCUAAAGAUUCUCAAAAUAAGCUCCAGAGAAGCAAGAGUUUUGACAGUCCUACUCAAAAUUUAAAGGAGGAAUCUAAAGGGUCGAAGAUCAAGGAGAAACAUCCUUACGACAUCUUAGGUAAGCCUGAACCUAGGCCAGGAGUCUCUCUCAAGCAUAUUCGCAAAGAUAUCCAAAAAUAAGGGAGAGAAUAACAAACUCAAAGGAAAUAUUAAAGUCUCCAGCCUUGCUGGGACUAGAAAUAAUAGAGUUAUUUCCAAAGGAGAUGGAAAAAGGGUGAUUUAAGCCUAUUGAUAAAUCUCUUAAGAAAGGAGAACAGAAUCGAUCAAACGCGAAGAAGAAGAGCAUGUAUUAUGCGAUGAAGAAGAAGUCAGAUACAAAGGAGCUGCUAAACACAAGUGACCAUUUCCUAAAUAUGCAUAAAUCUUUUGAUAUCAAGCCCAAAAGUUUUACAGCUAAAAAAUCAAGUGAAAUUAAACUUAGAACAAAAGAAGACCAUGAUGAAGAAACUGAAGCUGAUAUGUUAGAAGAAGACACUGUGAAUGCUAUCUAUCAAACUAACAGCAAAGUAGUGAUGCAGUUUGGAAUGGGGAAAAUAGCACAAUCUCAAAGGCCUUCAGAUAUCGGGACAUUAAAAAAGCAUCGUUGUAAUUAG